UUCUACGCCUUAGACACAAAAUUGACAUAGUUAGUGUUGUGGUGGUGAUCAAGGUAGUUAAACAGCCAGAUUGCAUACAGUGGGAUAAACGCUCGUCCAUCGUGGAAAACGUGUCUGCCCAAGCAUACAUAGGCAUGAAGCGCUUGGUGAGCGGCCUGGACCCGGGGAACAGGUGCAGAGCUGCGACGGUGCUGCUGGCAGAGUUCACCGGGACCGCGCUGCUGGUGUUCCUCAGCUGUUUGGCCAACACCGUGCUGCCCACCGCCCCACACCCAACACACCUGCAGAAGGCUCUGGCGACCGGCAUGUCUGUCGCUACCGUCAUACAGGUGUUCAGCCACAUCAGCGACGCGCACCUGAACCCCGCGGUGACCCUGUCCGCCGUGGUGCUGGGACGCGUGGACCUGGCGCUGGCCCUCGUGUACCUGGGGGCCGAGUGCAGUGGCGCCGUGGCCGGGAGCGCACUCGCCGAGGCACUGCUGCCGGCGAGCCUGGGAGUCUGCGAGCUGUGCGUGACGAAGGUGAGAGCGGACCUGAGCCUGGCGCAGGCCGUGCUCCUGGAGUCAGUAGCGACCUUCGUGCUGGUGCUCACGGUGUCCGCCUCCUGGGACAGUCGCAACAGAGACAAGCAGGACUCGCUGCCGCUCAAGUUCGGCUUCCUCGUCACCACCAUGUGCGCUCUCCUGGAUCCCUUCACCGGAGCCAGCAUGAACCCUGCCCGCAGUCUGGGACCCGCGCUGCUGACCGGGCGCUGGGAGGCCCACUGGGUGUACUGGGUCGGGCCAAUCACCGGAGGCCUGCUGGCAUCCUCCUUCUACAGACUCGUGUUCGGGUACCGUCACUUCGCCUGCCUGCGCCAGGAAGACUGACGCCUCUGUCCGGCCAGCUGCCGUCCGCGGAUGUGAAGAAAAAAAAACCUGCUGCAUUUAAAUAUUCUUAUAAUUUACGCAUACUCUUCAUAGACACCCAGGAAGUUAGGCGGAAAUGUUAUUCCAGCAAUGGGAAGCGAGUUUGAUGAUCUCAAUAAAUCAUAUUUUCUCAUUUGAA